AUGGCGGCCACAGACGCGGUGAAGCUCGCGUCAGCGGAGGCGCUGCGCCUGGAGACUGGCGGGCGUGUGGACUGCACAACCGUGCUGACGGCCGACAUCUCCAGCCUGCCGCGCGGCACGCACGUGCGCUGCCUCGCGUUUCACCCACAGCGGCCGCUUCUUGCAGUGGGCGUGGCGACCUGCGUCGGCGGCUACGACCUGCUGACUGGGUGCCGCAUGGGCCGCGUGGACGUGCGCACGCCAGCAGUCGGGAUGGUCUUCAGCCAGGACGGCUCCUUGCUGGUGGUCGCGACGCAGGAGUGGCACCUGGUGGGGAUCAACACCGCCAGCUGGCGCAGCCGCGUGCUGGCGCCGUACCGCGCGCCGCGCUCGGCCCCCCUGGAGGGCAUCAUGAUGGCCGUCACCUCGGUGAGGCUCCGGGGACCCCAGACCCCUGCGCGCACGUUGGCUGGGAAUGAGGAUUAG